AUGGGCUCCAUCUUCCAGGUCGUUCAGCAAAACGGCACCAACAAGAACCGAUCGACUGCAAGCAAAAUCCUUCACCCGAACAUUCAAACACCCAACCCCAAGGUCGUUUCAGCAAAAGGAAACUAUCUUAUUCUCGAAAAUGGUCAGAAGGUUCUGGACGCGAGCGCAGGGCCAGGCGUCGCUUGCAUUGGCCAUGGCAACACUGAAGUAAGGGAUGCCGUAGUGGCGCAAAUGGACCGGCUGUCGUAUUGCCACAGUUUGAGCUUUGCCAACCAAGCUGCCGAAGAUCUGGCUGAAGAAGUGGUGAACUCGACCAAUGGAGUCAUGGCAAGAGCCACGAUCGUGAGUUCAGGCUCCGAGGCUGUGGAGGCUGCUUUGAAGCUCGCAAGACAGUACUUCGUCGAGAAAGGAGAGCCCGAGAGAGUUCACUUCAUUGCACGGAAAGGCGCUUUCCAUGGUACUACACUUAGCUCCUUAGCGCUAACAGCGAAGCCUGCUGUGCGGAGGCCGUUCGACGCCAUUAUGUUGAACGACAACGCGUCCUUUGUUUCUACGCCCAACGCGUAUCGAGGAAUGUAUCCUGGCGAGACCGAACUCGAUUAUGUCGCCAGACUUGCAGAGGAGCUAGAUGCCGAGUUCGAGCGUGUUGGCCCUGGCAGGGUCUGCGCAUUUGUUGCCGAAACCGUAGCUGGCACUUCUCUUGGUUGUCUUAACCCACCACCCGGGUAUUGGCAAGCAGUCCGAGCCAUAUGUGACAAGCACUCGGCACUGCUGAUCCUUGAUGAAGUGUUCUGUGGCAUGGGCCGAACCGGAUCAACACAUGCAUGGGAGCAAGAAGACCUGCAUCCCGAUAUCCAAACUGUCGCCAAGGGCCUCGCAGCCGGGUAUGCCCCCAUCGCCAUGCUCCUCAUGAGCCAGAGGAUUGUCGACGGUAUACAAGCCGGUUCUGGCUUCUUCAACCACGGGCACACAUACAGCUCGCAUGCCGUGGCUUGCGCUACUGCGCUCGCCGUGCAGCGCAUCGUCAAGCGUGACAAUCUCCUCCAGAAUGUCCAAACGACCGGAGAUCGUUUAGGACGGGGACUGCAGGCCGCCUUGGGUAGACAUCCGCACGUUGGUGAUAUCAGAGGCCGAGGACUCAUGUGGGCCGUGGAAUUUGUGAAGGACCGUGGAACAAAGGAGCCGUUUCCUCUCAAGGAACGCGUCGCGGGUCGCAUCAAGGGGGCAGCGUUGAAGGAACCGUGGAGCACUGCGCUCAAUGCAGGCAUGGGCACAGCAGACACCAUUGCUGGCGAUCACAUUACCAUCACACCGCCUUAUAACAUUGCCGAGGCAGAUGUUGACUUGAUCGUCAGUCGUGUAAAAGGAGCGGUGGAGGAAGUCCUCGGUUCGGAAUUAUAG